AUGCCCAAUAUGACGACCGGAUGCACUCCCUUCCAACUACUUUAUAUGUACAAGCCACGCGACAUUCUGCAGAAUCAACUUAUCCAAGUGCUUCAAGACGAUCAUUGUGAUAUGAUGACCGAUGCUGAGGUACAGCAGCUACGAGCCGAUUCUGCUAAUCGAGUUAACGACAAACGAGCACAAGCCAAGAAAUUAUACGAUGCACAACACUCUAGCCCGAAGAUUUACCACGAGGGUAACCUAGUACUCACCACGAAUGAGCCAGCAAGCACCGGCACAUCACGCAAACUGGACCCUCAUUACAAAGAUCCUUUUGUUAUCACUAAAGUCCUACCGAACGACCGCUAUGUGGUUGAAGACUUACCGCAUGCCGAACGAAGUCAGCGGCAUUAUACGUCUAUAUUUGCAUCAGACCAGUUGAAACCUUGGUGCCAAUUACCGCCUGAUGACCCAAACUAUUUAGGCAAUAGCGAUGACGACGAACCACAGUAAUUCGAGCGAGGGUGCUUCGAAGGGUCAGGAAAGCCGACUGUAAGCGACGGUAACCCUGCAACCAACGUGAUAGAUGGCAACGCUGCCAAAACUGUCAGUGAGUAGAUACGUGCGAACGAGGCAGAAGAGAGAACAAAUCGCAAUCGUCGUGUUGAACACGCAACAUCGGAAACCUGAAG